AGGGCGUGCCUGCUCACACGCCAGCCGCAGGAGCCUGGGGAAGGGGGAGGAGAAGCCAGCGGCGGAGGGACGUAUGGCAAGGAGGGAGCCUUGAAGCUGACGCCCGGCUCGAGAAUUGUUCCUGUCGCUUUCGGCAGCGCAGCCCAGUGCCGUUCCACCCACUCGCUCCACCGCCACCAUGCUCCACUCGCCGCUGAAAACUGCCCUGGCCUAUGAGUGUUUCCAGGACCAGGCCAAUUCCACUCUGGCCUUGCCCUCGGACCACAAGCUGAAAACCCGGGGCACGGGGAAGCAGCGUGUCCAGGAACAGGUGAUGAUGACGGUGAAACGGCAGAAGCAGAAAUCGUCUCAGUCGUCAGGCCUGGGCCAUUCCAACCGAGGUUCCACGUAUGACGGGCUGGCUGAUGGCGUCAACUCUGGGACUACCCGGGGCAGUUAUUAUGCCAAAACCCAGACAGGAAACAGCAACUGGGGGUACCCGAUGUACAACGGGACCCUUAAGCGAGAGGCCGACAGUCGGCGCUACAGCUCGUAUAGUCAGAUGGAGGGUUGGGGCAACCGGCACCACAGCAAAGCCGUCUGCAGCCCCACCACCACCUACUGCCUGAAGAGCAGCCGGAGCGAGCCCGACCUGUGCUGCGAGCCUCCCCGGGACACGCUCCGCAGAGGCCAGGCGGGGAGCCGGGUGGUGCAAAAGGCCACCCUGAACCGGCAAAGCAUGCACAGCAGCUGCAGCGCCCACUAUGGCACCACCAGGAAACCCAUCCCGGCGCGCACCAUCUCCUGCACUUCAGGCAACAAGCAGGACGUGGUGUAUGCCCAGCCCGGGGCGAGCGGCAGGCAGGAUGGACUGUGUAUGCACUCUCUGUCCACCUCUAGAAUAUGCAAUGAUGAGUCAGACGGGGGGCCAAUGUCCAUCCAGAGAGCCAUACAGCUCCUGUGCUCCUUGGAUGAGAAGUCUCAAGCCAUGGGGGCGUACUACCUUCAGCACACCUGCUUCCAGGAUGAAUCUGCCAAGCAAGAGGUCUACCGGCUGGGUGGAAUUGCCAAGCUGGUCGAGCUUCUCCGCAGCCCAAACCAAAACGUCCAGCAGGCGGCAGCCGGGGCGCUUAGAAACCUGGUCUUCAGAAACCCUGCCAACAAGCUGGAGACCCGGCGGCAGAAUGGGAUCCGGGAGUGUGUGAGCCUGCUGAAGAGAACUCAGAACACCGAAAUUCAGAAACAGCUGACAGGGCUGCUGUGGAACCUGUCCUCCACUGAUGACCUGAAAGAAGAUCUGGUACACGAAGCCCUCCCUGUCUUGACAGACUGUGUCAUCGUCCCUUUCUCGGGGUGGUCUGAUGGGGUCAGCAAUAGGACAAGAGACAUUAUUGACCCCGAGGUAUUCUUCAAUGCCACGGGCUGUUUGAGGAACCUGAGUUCUGCCGAUGCCGGACGCCACACCAUGAGAAGCUACCCAGGCCUGAUUGAUGCUGUCAUGACUUACACCCAGAACUGUGUGGCUGCCAACCGGCCCGAUGACAAGUCUGUGGAGAACUGUAUCUGUAUCCUUCACAAUCUGUCCUACCGCCUGGAUGCCGAGGUGCCCAACAAGUACACCCAGCUCAACCACAUUGCAAGGAAUGCCUCCAUGGACAAGCCGGAGCGGGAAGCUGGAUGUAAGACAUGCUCCCCCUUACGAGUGCUUAAUGAAGAAUACGCUCUGCCCCUGCCCGAGGAGGAGUACAAGCCCCGAGGGCCCAGCUGGCUCUACCAUUCCGAUGCCAUCCGCACAUACCUGAACCUGAUGGAGCAGAGCAAGAAAGAUGCCACCCUGGAGGCCUGUGCCGGGGCUUUGCAAAACCUCACUGCAAGCAGAGGACUGAUGUCCAGUGCCAUGAGCCAGAUGAUUGGCUUGAAGGAGAAGGGUUUGCCGCGUAUUGCGCGGCUCCUCCAAUCCAGUAACAGUGAAGUUGUCCGGUCUGGGGCUUCCUUGCUGAGCAACAUGUCCCGGCAUCCUAUUCUGCACAAAACCAUGGCUCCCCAGGUGCUUCCAGAUGUGACCCGUCUCCUGGCCUUCCAGUCUGCGAACGGCAGCAACGUGGGAGAUAUCAUGUCCUCUGCCUGCUACACCAUGCGGAACCUAAUCAUGUCCAACCCACAGAUGGCCAAGCCUUACCUGACAAACAGCAUGCUAAACAACGUAGUAAACCUGUUCCGGAAUGGCUCCUGUCCAAAAGCAGCCGAAGCCGCUCGCCUCCUCCUGGGGGAUCUGUGGUCACACAGGGAGCUGCAGAAUGUGCUCAAACAGCAAGGAUUCAAUAAAAACAUGUUGGGCCCAUUAGCCGGGGGCGCUCUCAGGAGCCUGUCGUCCAGAUUCUAAGACGAGACCUUCCGCACAAGUUCAUCCUGCAGAAUUUGUCGUUGGUUCGUGUCUGGAAUGACUUAAUCCUCCAGGGAUUCAUUUGGACAUUUUACAGAUAUACAGUGUUUAUAGCGUUAAUUCCAACUGUAAAGCAAACUAAGUAUGCAAUUUUUUUGGUUGAUAUAGAUAUUUUUAAGCAUUUGCUUUUUGUGAGUUUAAAGUUUCCUAAUGUCAAUAGCUCUUUUUUCAAAUAGUGUUUGUGCGUGCACACACACACACACACACACACACACACAGAGCGUGUGAUUUUCUUAAGUGAUGCCUAAAAUGGUUACUCCCCCAAUUUCCACGGAAAGACUAUGAGGGUUGUGCACCUUAACCCCAUUAGGCACCUAUGAAAACCCCACCAUGUGUGUGUGUGUGUGUGUGUGUAUGUGUGUGUGUAUGCACUAAACACUAAACAUGUCUCAUCCCAUUCUUGUGGAAAUAUGUAAAACAGCUAACUAUAUGUUCUGUGUUUAUUCCAUUGUAGGUGGCCACUGUAGACAGCACCCCUAAUGCUUUAGAUGGUGGGUUAUUAUUGCUAAACUUGGUGGACAUGGGUUUCUUUCUGCUUUUGACUCCUUGUCAAGUGAGCUUUCAUAUUCAGAGUUAAGUGUUUUCUCUUGUAGUUGCGUGGUUUCUAAAUCUCAAGAUACACAUUCAUAUCACUGGAAGCAGGGCCUCAGUAAAUAUUCUCAUACGCUGUAUGUUAAUGUACAUUAGUCACAAAUAGUUGAGAACACUGAAACUGCUGGGGCCACAAACCAUUUAAGACACCACAGCAAACAUAAAAAAUGUGCGUCUCUCUAAACAUUGCCAUUGCUUUCCUUACAACGCCGGAACGGGCAAAAUGUAGACAGGCUCAGAGUGACAGAGUGGGACUGGGGAUGGCACAGCCACACUGGAGAAUGGGACUGGGGGUGGUACAGCCACACUGGAGAAUGGGACCGGGGGUGGUACAGCCGCACCAGAGGAUGGACUGGGGGUGGCACAGCCGCACCAGAGGAUGGACUGGGGGUGGCACAGCCGCACCAGAGGAGCUGCCAGCGUUUGGUCCAUUUCAUGCUGCAGUUCCUGGGGCUGCUGCACAGGCGGAGGAGACCCUGCGUGGAAUGCCUGGGGCUGGUACAACCGUAGCAUGGGGCUGCCUAACCGGCCCCACGUUCUGCUCCUUUCACUGCUGCGGUUCCACACUCAAUGGGAGGGGGCAGAAAAUACCAUCCCCAAGGGAAAGGGGGUGGGUCAUGGGAGGAGAUGCAGAAUCACGUGGCCCUAGGCAAGGGGUGGAGGGGAGGGAGUCACGUGGCACGGGGGAUCACAUGGGGAGGUCAUGUGCCCCCCCCCCAUUAGCUAUUCCCUCCCAUACUGAAAAGAAACAGAUUCCACUGGCAUGAGAGAUUCACGACUCUGCCCUCAUUAGAGAGCGGCUGUUUCUUAAAGGCAAAGCUUCACCUGCCAAGGGCGUUUUGUUUGUUGGUGUCUGAAUGGCAGAGUCGGGCCUGGCAUCUCUAAGAGCAGCGCCAGCCCCUCGCCCAGCAGGGGCUCUUGUUUGGGGUGGGUGGGAAGGGGAGAGAACGUUCCCGGGCAGGGAACACGCCCAGCGCCGAUCCUGGCCCUGCCGCCGAUUGCAGGAAGCAAAGCCAUUAGGGCCUCCCUAGGACUCUAGUCAUGUAAAUAAUCCCGUCCCAUAGGCCGAGCGGGGAUGCCGUGGGGGGAGGGUGGGCUGUGUUUUGUGUAUUGUAAAGCCCUGGUAAAGGGAACUGUCAGACUAUCCCCCCUCCCCUGUAACUGACCCCUCCUCAGCUGUACGGGCUCGCUGCAGAGCUCCGCGCGUUGGUUUUGCUGCACCCUGUGUAUUUGCUUCACUGGAAAAAUCUUGAAACCCAAUAAAAAUGGCUGACACGCC